AUGCCCAGUGUACUUCCUGUAUUGUCCAUGAUAGCAAAUUGCAUCACGUGGGGACUCUAUGGCGUACUCAUUGACGACUUUUUUCCAUUAGUAUUUACUAAUAUCAUUGGAAUAUUCCUCUCACUCUUUUAUCUCAUUGUGUACUACUACUAUGCGACGAACAAGGGUAGUUUAAGUCUUGAGAUUCUAGCAACAGCUCUAGUGCUUGUGGGUAUUUUACUAUAUCCAUUGAUGGCAGCUUUUGACAGGGUACAAGAUGAAACCGUAGAGCACGUUGUGGGAUUUCUUGCAGUAACUUCUUCGGCCAUUAUGUUUGGCUCGCCGCUGGUUCUAGUCAAAAGGGUGAUUCGAGAACGCAACGCGAGUUCAUUACCAUUGAAUAUGAUUACCACUGGAGUAGUCAAUUGUGUCUUAUGGCUUUGGUACGGUCUCUUGCUUGAAGACGCGUUCGUCAUUGUACCGAAUGCGGCAAAUUUGCUUCUUGGCACCGUACAACUUGGACUCUUUUGCAUUUAUCCACGUAGCGGAACGUGCAACAACGUUGAUUCUUCUACUUCUAAAUUGAAACCCGAAGAUAAAAAAGUACGGCAGAUAGAAACGGAGUGA